UGAAUCAAAAUUUGUUGUGACCAUGCAGCGGAUGCAUAACGUCAGCCGAAACAGUAAUGCUUGAGAAGCAAAGCUUGGAUGAGUUUCUUUCUAAUAUUGAGAACAGGAAGACUGUUAUUGUCUCCCUCUCUCCCCAGUCAAGAGCUUCCCUUGCAGUUCAUUUUGGUCUUUCUCCACUUCAGGUUUUCAAGAAACUCACAACAUUUCUUAAAUCAUUGGGAGUGAAGGCUGUAUAUGAUACCAGCUGCAGUAGAGACUUAUCACUUAUUGAAUCCUGUAAUGAAUUCAUGACACGUUACAAACAAAGCUAUUCAUCUGAUGAUGGAAAAUGUAAAUCAUCCCUACCAAUGAUUUCGUCUGCUUGUCCAGGUUGGAUAUGCUAUGCUGAAAAAACUCUUGGAUCCUAUAUCCUGCCAUAUAUUUCCUCGGUGAAGAGUCCCCAACAAACUAUGGGAGCUAUCGUAAAGCACCAAAUAUGCCAAAAAAUGUGUAUUAGGUAAUCUCAUUCAAUCUUACGUUCCUAUGCAUCCCAAUUAAUCUGUAUUUUUCUCAAUAUUGUUCAUGAAGCUAUAUGCCAUUUUGAAAUGU